AUGACAGAAGUCCCAGAUGGUCGGAUUGACCCCCUAAGAAAUAUUACUGAUUUUGGUGGUGAAGACCUGGAUACAGUAAUAGCGGAAGAGAUUGCAACUUUGGACAUAUAUCAGGCAGCGUGUGCGGAGGGAACACAGAGAGUGUACAGAGCCAAUGUGAUAGUGGUUGGUCAGGGAGGUAUUGGGAAAACACACCUUUGCCGAAAUCUGCUGGGGGAAGAGUUCACUGAGGACGACCCGGUGACGAAUGGUAUUGAGGUAUCUGGGUGUAUUCUGGAGAAACACACUGCAGGGACAUCAUGGCAGAGAAAAGAGUCCAGUGCAAAUUACUGCAUUGAGGCACUGGCCAGGGGCUUCAAGGAAUACAGAGAAACCAGGAAAACAAACAAGACUACUGUACGGAAAAACAUUAUAGAUGGAGAUGAAGUGACUGUGAAGCAGGUUCUUGAAAAAAGCCAAGGCCAACCAGAUGUUCCAGAUUUACUGACUCUCUGGGACUUUGGCGGUCAGUAUGUCUUCUACACGACACAUCAAACUUUCCUCACAUGGCGAGCUGUCUACUUACUGGUGUUUGACCUCACCAAGGAGUUAAAUGACCCUGUCUAUGUGGAGCGAGUGGGCAGAACUGGACCAAAACCAGUGGAUAGCGUCCCAGACACUGUUGGUGAUUUUUUAAAAUUCUGGCAGAAUUCCAUCCAUACUCACACUGAAAUAGUAAAAAGAAAAGACCCUGGAUUGGUGGAUAUUUGUCCCAGAAUCCUAUUAGUGGGGACACAUAGAGAUCAACUAGGGAAAACUGAAGAGGAAAGGGUGAAGCUGACAAAGGAGAAAUUUCGUAAAAUUCAAGAAUUCCUGGACGGCAGACCAGCGCAUGACAUGCACGUGCAGCCGUACUUCUACGCUGUGAAUAACUGUGACCAGCAGGACGCCGGGAUCAAGGAGUUAAAAGGGGGAAUUUGGGAAACAAUCCAUGCACAGCCACACUGGGGAGAAGAGCAGCCAUUGAGGUAUGUACAUCUGGAAAAAAGACUAAAGGAGAUGAGCACAUCUCGGAAAUGUCUGAGCCUAGAGGAUGUGUUCCAGGAGGGAAAGCGCUAUGGUUUCGAUGUUGCCGAAAAUGUUUUAUUCUUUUUGGGAUUCUAUAGCGAGUUGGGAGAACUUGUUUUCUUCAAUGAAGUUGGCAUUAGUGAAAUUGUCAUAUUAGAUCCACAAUGGCUGAUCGAUGCCUUUGCAUCCUUAAUAACUGUAGAGAAGUACCAUAAAGUUUCUAAACCAGAAGUCAGGGGUUAUUGGAAGAUGCUGGAUGAUAGAGGAGAACUAGAUGAACGACUGAUUGACAGUGUGUGGGAACAAGACGCCGAGCUGAAGGGAAAUAAACAGAUUCUUCUUCGCAUUUGUCAACGCUUUGACUUGCUAGUUGAACUACCGGAGGAACAAGCCAACGAAAAAUGGAAGAAAUAUUUAGUACCUUGUGUGCUGAAAAAACCAACCCAAUCCAGACGGUUAUUUGAAAAUGCAGAAAAUUCCUCCAUUAUAUUUGAUGUUUGA